GGAAGCUCUGGGGCAGCCACUAUUCUGAUCAAAGCGGCAUCGCCUUGGGCUGCCUACGAGAAAAUGUACCGACAAUUGCUCGGAGACGACGACAUUGUUCUUGUUGCCGAGAAGAGAGGGAUAUCUGGCGACGUCGUAGACAUUCGCCACUUUCCAGAGUUAUCUACACAGCAAACGAGGAUGCUCCAGUCGAUUCAGCACCCGAACAUCGUCACGGUCCAUGAAAUUUAUAGCAACAAGGCGAAUCAUCACGUCGUCUACGAACAUAUGCCACGGUCGCUGCAAGAGGCCGUUGGGAAUCCGUAUCUCAAUCGCCAACGUCUGGCAGCAAUCAUAGGGCAGGUAGUCGAGGCGCUGGUUCACCUCGAGAAAAUGGGACUGCAGCACGACCGUCUCAGCUGCUCGUGUGUUUUACUCCAUCCUAGCGGAAGGGUGAAGCUGAGCGGCCAGGAAGAUUGUCGACCGCUCAGCCGUAGGAAAGACUUGGUCGACCUAGGCUACACGAUGAUGGAACUCAUGCAAGGAUAUGUGAAGGAGGGCGCCAACCUGGGGCUAGACGACCCGGAGCAGUGGGACCCGGAAGUUGUAAGCUUCCUCUCAGCGACAACAACCGCAUCAUCUGCGGCCGAAUUG